GUCAUUGUGUGCGUAUUUGCAUUGUAAAUAUGAUCAUUUCGCAAGACUUACCAAAGUUUGUCUAAAGCCUGGUUAACGUUCUUCUCGUUUUGUCAAUUGUAAAGGAAUUGGUCUAAACGUAUAGAGUGCUGUGUAUGGAGAUCGUUUAUGUUCAAUCUAUUAACAAGAUGACAAAAAUGGAAAGAAAUACACCAUCAUUCAACUGCCUGCUGCUAGUGGUAUUUCUUGGUUUCCAAACAUUUUGCUGUGAAGAGAUCCCAUUAAAAGAAGAUCAUACUGCUGCUCCCAGUGUCCCUGAUUUCAAUGGAACCCAGUAUGCUGUCUGUGAGAUGAGGCCCAGCUCUUUAUUGCCCGAGGGGCAGCUUCAGAUUUACGGGCAGGUAUUGUUCAGGCAGGUUCACCCCAAGGGCACGCUACGGGUACUGAUCAACCUACAGGGCUUCCCCUCCAAUGAUGACCAGUCUAGAGCUAUCCAUAUCCACGAGUUUGGGGACCUGAGCAGUGGCUGCGAUUCGACUGGUGGCCACUACAAUCCACUGAAGGUCAACCACCCCAAUCACCCCGGAGACCUUGGAAACUUCUCGGGUCACAACAGGAGCAUCCGGCAGGUUCUGAUAGCCCCAGCGACGCUGUUUGGGGAGCUUUCUGUCCUGGGUCGGGCCGUGGUGAUCCAUGCAAAAGAGGAUGACAUGGGCCUGGGAAGCAAUGAGGGGAGCCUUCUGCAUGGGAAUGCAGGCCAGAGGCUGGCCUGCUGCAUUAUUGGAGUCAGUACCUCCAGACACUGGAAUAAAACAGUGGAGCCUACUGUGGAAGAAUAAACCAUGCAAACGCCGUAAUCAGCCACUGAGUAUCUUCACAGAUUCCAUACAACAACCAGAUACUAUGCUCCGUGUUCACAUUCAAAGUUGUGUUUUUCAGCCUUUGAAACAUUUCAGGUAGUUACAUCUUGUGAAUAUCCAUGAAGGGGACAAUUUUCUGGAAAUGGCUGUAGUGUACUUGGACAUUCCUCCAUAUUCAUAAACUUUGAUAUCACUACAGAACCUCCUGUAGUUAGAAAGUAGCCAGGAUGGAAGAAAAGCAGGAACUAGCCUUCUGGCAAGUGUAAGGAAUCUGUGAAAUGAUGCAGUGAUGUGAAUCAAAAUUAGAAUCAGAUGGAGAAGUGAAGGUGAUCAAAAAUGACAUGUAUUUUGGAAAAUGACACAGGACAUACAGACUAAAUUACCUAUCACUGACAGUCUAUAUUAACAUUAUUAAUCACAGUCCUUAACCUUUUUUAUUAAAUGAAAAUUUUAACAGAAUAAUAUGGUGAUAAUUAUGUGUAAUUGUGUGCUAUUCAUCAAAAUAAAAUGGCAGGCAAAGUUGA